GUGCUGCCUUGGUGGCUUUGACCAUCGUCCUCCUCGAAGUAGACAAAUCGGCGCACGGCGAGGCGGAGCUGGGAAUCCUUGUAACUUUGGGUGCCUGGCUGCUGUUGAGCUUCACCCGCGCCGGCGCACGCCCCUCGGACCUCCACGCGGCCGCGCGCCGCGGCGACCUGCGGCAGGUGCACCAGCGGCUGAGCGAAGGCUACGAUGUCUCGCGGCCACAGUGCACUGCCCUGCGGGAGACACCGCUUCAUCUGGCCAUCCGCAAUCAGCACUUUGACUGUGCCUCUCGACUCCUGGAAGAGGGUGCCGAUCCACAUUUGCCGGAUGGCCAGGGAAAUACACCUUUACACGCAGCAUGCAGCUUUGGUGAUGCUGCCUUCAUUCAGCAGCUGCUAGUCCCGCUGCCUGAGGCCGGGGAGGACUACGUGGUGCGGAACGUGGCGCAGCGGAACGCGUGGGGCCAGUCGCCUGCCGAGCUUGCAAGCCUCCAAGGCAGCCUACCUGAGUGGCUGAAGAGGCAUUUGAGGGAGCUCGAGCGGCAAGAGCUUAAGCACUCUGAAGAAUGCAAAGGUGCCCCGCUGGUGGAGCGCUGCGACGCCGAGGAGUUGGCGUCCUUCUUCGGCAUGGCCUGGGAUCGACAUGAAUACGCCAAGGCUCCGCAGGACGUGCAGAAAGGGAUGAAGACAGGUUUGGUGUCCUUCUUGUUUUCCCGCAGCGUCGGGGACCAGCUGGCGCGCGUCAUCGAUGGACUCCGGCAGGACAAGGAUGGCUUCCACAUCAUGUCCCUGAAGCCGGUCAAGGCUCUUGGUUCUGGAGGAUUUGGGAAGGUGCUGAAGGUCUUGGACAAGAGAACGCAGAAGCACUAUGCCAUGAAGCUACAGCCCAAGGACCGGACCACCAAGUACGCCGUGAGGGAGGCACAGGCCCUCCACAGUUCCUAUCAUGCCUUCAUCGUGGGAUUGGUGCAUAUCUUCCAGACGAGCGCCCACUACUGUAUUGUCAUGGAGCUAUGCUUGGAGAACCUUAAUGCGCGGAUCCUGCGGACCCGGAGCGCUGGCCGCGCGGAGGGGCUCCCGGGGCCGCUCUGUGCGCGGUACACGGCCUGCGUGGCGCUGGCCUUGGAAUAUCUCCACAUCAAGGAGAUCGUUUUUCGCGACCUGAAGCCAGAAAAUGUUCUAAUCACGAAUGGCGUGGAUCAGAACGGUGUCGCCAAGUUAGCAGACUUCGGUCUGGCUUGUCCCAUGCGGCUCGAGGAGAACCCCAGCCCUCCGAAGGGGCCACAAACUCUGAACUCGAUCUUCGAUGGCAGCGGUUUUCCCACACCUGAUGCAGGCACUCCUGCUUUCAUGGCAGCAGAGGUCUUUUUGCGCUGUGCAACGCCUGUUGACCUCUCCGACUCUGAUGCGCGGUCGGCUCGGGCGAAGCGGAUGGCAGCACGGGACUGGUUCGCGCUGGGCUGCUGUCUCUUGCUGACCCUAUUGGGCGAGCGUGGUGGGCGCCUGGCCACAGCCCAGAACCGGGAGGUGCUGCUGCCCUUGGAGGGGCCGCAGCUGGCGGAGGUGCUGCGCCGCGCGCUGCGGGAGCGCCGCGCCGAGCCGGAAGCGUUGCAGAUCACUGCGGCCUUGACGGCCCCGCUGGAAGAACGUGCAGGGCCGAAGGAGCUCCGGAGCAGCGUGUUCCUGGAGGCAGCCAUGGCAGAGAUGGAGAUGGAAGCUGUGGCCUUUGAAAGCAGCCGAAGCAUCUCACAAAGAAGUGGGCGCCGCCUUUGGGGCUCUUUGUAGCCGAGAGGACCUUGUCCUAUUGACCGCACACAGUGUCUCCCUUCUGAUUUUUAAAGUGAGGGAGGCCCCGCACCCUGGUGCGAUGGUAUGCAGCAGGAAUCUAACUAACGCCUGCAUUUUAAGAACAAUUUCGUGCCGAUAAAAGCAAUGUGGGCUGCCGCAAUCUCGGACUUCCGGCAUUUUUGCAACGUCUGCCACUGGAGUGUCGUUU